AUGUUUGGUAACUGGUUCCGUAAUCUGUUGCUAACUGUGUUAUGUUAUGUUUAUUUCGUUAACACGGCAGCAAUCAUUCGUGAUGUUUUGAGUCCAAAAAAUAUUGGCGAUGACAGUGAAAACACGAAAGACGUCAGAAGUGAUGCCCCUAACUUCCUUAAUACUACUAAUGUUGCACCUUCAUUUCACCCGUUGUCGUGUAAUCUCCGAUGUACUGAUGAGAUUGACAGCACUGUGGCAUUGAUGAAGAUCGACUCCCCUUGGGAUGAAGACAGAAAAACUCUUUUUUGCGCCAUUUUUGACUCGGUGGAGAAGUGCUGGAGGACGAGUCUGCCCCACGGCAGCAUUGGAACAGGUGUUAGUCUGCAUGCUUCGGAAUACGCCUGUAACAGUGAAGCGAACAGAGGUAUGGUUUACUCAUGGAGGGUCACUGUAGGGGAUAUAAGUUUUACAUGCUCAGCCGACGCUACUGCAGAAUUAUCAUCCUGUGUGCAUGAGGAAGCUAUGGAUGUCUAUGAAAAAUGCGAACGCGUUUGUCGACUUGGUAAAACUGUGACUGGAGUGGAUACUUUCGUGAUGAGAAACCGCGACUCACUGGGUGUACCUGACAGAGUGGGAAGAUUUGUCGAUGUCAGCAGUAGUGAGACAGGAUCAGCGACCGAAGUUCAGUGUUUACUCACACAAUGCCUGCGUUAUGCUCUUCUCAUCAGUCCUUCCAGGGCUGUGCCGAGACAACGUAUACGAGAGCUCUUACUUCGAGGCUUUCAAAAUGAGGAAAGAACAACCAUUAAGUUUAAGGUUAGCCUAGAGGCUCAGCCAAUGUCGAAGAGGUCCACAGACGCAAAGGCGUCUACAGCACACCAACAAAGCACCAACAACCUGACACAUCAUCCACCGUUUAAAAGAAACCCCAGUGACGAUAUAGAUAUACUUCAUAACGUGAUAGGAGGCCUGCCAUAUCAGCCGCUUUCCAGCAGGUCUGCCGCGCAUGGCAAUGAGCUACCUCAAAACAGGACAGACAAAAUGAAAAACCAAUUGUCGAAAAAGCCCGAAGAUCACUCAAUCGCACCUCACAACACGACAGAGGAUUUCCGAAGACAGCAGCCCUCAAACAGAUCUGAAAGUGAACAUUCGUCUAUGCGUCAGAACAGAACCCAGGACAUCGUGGACGAGGCGUUGUCGAACGGGACCGCAGAAGACGACAAGGCUGCAUUUUCCAAAAGAACCAAGGGUUUGUCAGACCAGUCACUGUCGAAGAGGUCUGCAGAUUAUUCGGCCGAAACUCACAAUAAAACCCAGGAUUUCCCGAACCAGCCGCUGUUCAACACAACUGAAGAAGACAAGCUAUCAGCGCUUCAGAACAGGACCGAGGAUCUUCCGAAAAAGUCGUUGUCGAACAGAACUGAAGAAGACGAGCUAUCAGCACUUCACAACAAGACCGAGGAUCUCCUGAACCAGUCGUUGUCGAACAGAAAUGAAGAAGACGAGUUAUCAGCACUUCACAACAGGACCGAGGAU